AUGUUUGAGUUUUUGACUCAAAAAAUUGGAAAAAAGUCAAAAGUUAAGCUGCCCCAAAUCACUCAAAUCACUGUGAAGAUGUCAAUGAUGGAUAAUGUUGCGGAGAAGGGCGGCAUUUUCGACGCGCUACGCGUCGAUUCCAACGAUCCGAACGAUUCGUUGAGAGAGGAAGCGUCGACGACGCCGAAAAUUGAUGAGAAGAAUUUGGAAUACAUUGGAGAAGUGCUGGAACGCAAGAAAUCGGUGGUUCCCUUCCUCACCCAGACGAUCAAUCAACUCGCAUUGGUGAGAAAUGAGAAAAUGGAACGAGCUGCUGAUCUGAUUUGUACGCUCUUUCGUCUCCCGCACGGAUCAACUGAUUGCUCAUUCUUCCGACUGAUUAAAGUGCUCCGAUCGUUUGGAAUAUGGGAGAAUGAUCCACGUCUCAAACAGAUGUUCGAUCGAAUGAAGAAGCAUGACGAGGAGAAUGAGGACUCGAGACAGUGGGCAAUGUCACAGGAGAAGUUUAAAGAAAUAAUCUUCCCGUGCACAAUUCUGAUCUCUCGUACACUCCGCAAUCAGCUAAUUAUUCCGUCGUGGCUCGAGUUCACUCAAAUGAUCGACACAAUUUUUGAAUCAUGUCGUGAAUCCAAAGAAGGUGAGCUAUUAUGUUUUUAUUGCGACCUACAGUACUUAUUUUGUCGCGAAGUGGCUUCGUACAUUCCUCAACUGGCUCGACAGAGUCCACACACAUGGGGAAUGUCGAUUUGUACGAUUGACGGACAACGAUUCUCGUUGGGUGACUCAAAAAAGAACUUCUGCCUUCAAUCCGUCUCCAAAGCGUUCAAUUAUGCAAUCGUCGCUUCGGAAAUCGGAUCACACGUACUUCAUCAAUAUGUUGGACACGAGCCAAGUGGACGGCUCUUCAAUGAGAUUUGUUUGGAUUCUAAUAACAUGCCCCAUAAUCCACUGAUCAACGCUGGAGCGAUCGUCGUCACCUCAAUGAUCAAACCGACGCAUUCGAUGGCGGAUCGUUUCGAUUUUAUGCUCAAACAGUACAGAAAACUUGCCGGUGGUGGACAUGUCGGAUUUGAUAAUGCUACAUUCCUCUCGGAACGAGACACGGCCGAUCGAAACUACGCUCUAUCGUACUACAUGAAAGAGUAUCGAUGCUUCCCAGACGAAUCUCAGGUGUAUGAAAAGGGACUUCGUGAGGAGCUCGACCUAUAUUUCCAAUUGUGCUCAUUGGAAACCAAUUGCGACACCGCGGCGGUGAUGGCUGCCACGUUGGCAAACGGAGGAAUCUGUCCGCUGACGACGGAGAAGUGUCUCGGAUCCCGCCCAUGUCGUGAUAUUCUUUCGUUGAUGUACUCGUGUGGAAUGUACGAUUACUCCGGAAAAUUUGCGUUCCAGGUCGGACUUCCAGCGAAAUCCGGAGUCUCCGGUAUAAUGAUCGUUGUGAUUCCGAACGUGAUGGGCAUCGCUCUCUACUCUCCACCACUCGACAAGACUGGAAACUCGUGUCGUGGUGUUGCAUUCUGUCGUCAACUCAUCGACCAGUUCAACUUCCACAACUACGAUUCGCUGCUGCAUCCGGACGACUCGCGUAAAAUCGAUCCGCGACGAAAGAUCGGUCCACGUGAGAACGAGACGAUUGUGCAGGUCAUGUACGCGGCGAAGAACGGAGAUUUGGAUUCGCUCCGUCGAAUGUUCAUGCAAGGAGCCGAUCUGAAAACAGCCGACUACGAUAAUCGUACGGCUCUGCACGUGGCAGCCGCCGAGGGACGAAUCAAAGUUUGCAAGUUUUUGGUGAAUAUCGUUGGAAUUCCGCAUGAUGUCAAGGAUAGAUGGGGACGCUAUCCACUCGACGACGCACGUCAAUUCAAGAACAAAGAGGUGGCUCUCUACCUAUUCCGUCUCCAAUACCCCACAAAACGAAUGCCAGAGAAUUGGUUCGAAGUGGGCGGAGACUUAUUGGUGUCGGAAUUGGAAAACGCCGCUGAUAACAUCGAUGACAACGUUGAGAGUUCUGGUGAGGAUGAAGGAAUUACUGGAAUGUUGACGGAUGAUUUGGAGAAGAGAGAAUGGGCACUUCAUGCCAAUGGAAAUAUGGGAGAAAUCAACUACCAGCUGGUUCGCCGAAAGUCAUCCAAAGCUCCGCCCACUCCCGAACAAAAACCCCUGACAUUUGGAUACGGAUCCCUAGCCAAACAUCACCCGGAAAAGCAGCACCACCACGAAAAGAAGAAGCAUCAUGCUCCACAGUCCCAACACGAGCCACCACAACAUUUAUUCCAUAACGGAGCAGGAGGACAUCAUCUGAAUGGAAAUGGAGUGCAUUCGAAUGGACAUCAUCAUCUGCCGAGCCACGUGAUGAUGCUCAAUGGAGCAGCCGGUGGGCUCAAUUCGAGACGGCUCAGUUCGCCAAUGGAACAGGACGAGGAUAAUGUGCGUAAAAGCUCCAGUUCACAGGAUUUGAUGAAAUCUCUGGAUGUUUAA